UGUGGGUAUUUCGUGUUUAAACGAGUGCCUCCUAUCGGCAGCCAGUUAGCCUGUAGGCUAGUUAGCAGAUGGAUGUUAGGAGUUAGUGAGUUUUGAUUUUCUUGGAUAAAAUGCCGAGAGUUAGAGGUGAAGAGGAGCUCCGGACUCUGACGGAGUGUCAGUACAGUUAUCCAGUAGAAACUCUGUCUGAUCUUCAGAAGGUUCGGUCGCUCUUCUCUGAUCUACGUCUUUACGUUGAUUUUUACUGUUUUCCACACAAAGAGAAGAAGAAGCUUGUUUACCUGGCUGGGACUGUUCCUGUUCACUAUGAAGGAAGUGAGUAUAAUAUCCCAGUGUGCAUCUGGCUUCAUGAGACCCACCCAGUGUCCCGACCUCGCUGUUACGUCUGUCCCUCUGUCUCCAUGGUGAUCAACCCAUCCUGUCCCUGUGUGGAUUCUUCUGGUAACAUCAGUCUAGACGGAUUGAAAAACUGGACCCAGGGUGUGUCCAACCUAUCCCUGCUUGUGUCAGAGAUGAGGCGGGCCUUCCAGAAGGACACACCACUUUAUGCCGGGUCUGCGGCACCAGACCCGCUCCCUGCAAGUUUGGAUGGAAGCAUCCAACCACCUUCCUCCGCGAGCCCCUCCCAGCUGUCUGGACAGAAAGCCCCGCCCCUUAUCCUGGCAGACAGCAAAUGGGAGCAGACCAAGAAGGUGAGGGUGGGGAGCUCUUACACUGAGGAACUUCUUGGAAUUGACUUCAGUGCUCCUCCUGCAUCGUCUACCUCCUCCAACAACCUCUUUGUGAGCUCAUUCUCCUCCUCCUCCUCCUCCUCCUCCUCCUCCUCCUCCUCCUCCUCAGAACCUCUCAGCAGAAUGAUGGAAGCUCUGAGGCUUGACAGAGUGUCCAGCAGAGACCAGAAGGGUGAGAAACCUGUAGGAAUCAUCCAGUCAGAAGCAGCCAGAGACAGACACACAGCAGGUUUGGGGGCUCUGGUUCCAGUUGCUGGAUGGGCAGCUGUACAACCUGAUGACUUUUGUGCUGAAAGACUACAACCAGGAGCUGGAGAAGACCACAUCAAGAUGGCAACUCACCUACCUCCGGACCAAGCAGCCAUCUUCCUCUCUCUGAUGACCAUGGAGGAGCAGAGCUUCACUCCUGGUGAUGUCUUGGAGGCGGUCCGACUAAACAGAGAUUUCCCAUCAGCUCUCAAGUUUCUGACGCAUAGCUGUCCCAUCUGUCAGGAGCAAGUGUCCUUCAGUAAGAUCAUCACCAUGACUCACUGCUCCUGUUUCCUGUGUCAGACGUGUUUUAAGACGUUUUUCUCGGUGGCCAUUAAGGAAAAGAGCAUCGAUCAGCUCGCCUGUCCUCAGUGUGGCAGACCUGAGAUUGAACGUCAGGGAGGGAUGGAAGAAUCAAUGGACUACUUCAACCUGUUGGACACACAGAUACGUCACUUCCUACCUCCUCAUCUCCACGAGCUCUUCCAAAGGAAGCUUAGAGAUCGAGCGUUGCAGGAAAUGCCAAACUUCUGCUGGUGUGCUCAUUGUUCAUUCGGGAUGCUUCAUGAAGCUGACAGGUUGAGAAUGGACUGUCCCAGCUGUAAGAAGAGUACCUGCUGUCAGUGCAGAUCACCCUGGUCUCCUCAGCAUCAGGGUCUUUCCUGUCAACAGUUCAGGCGUUGGCAGCAGCAGAAUCAGCCAGACCAGAACAGCAGCACCCUGCUUCACUACAACACCAUCGAGUGUCCACAGUGUCAGUGUGUGUUCAGUCUGUCUAAAGGAGGCUGUCUUCACUUGACCUGCAGUCAGUGUCAGCAUCAGUUCUGUGGAGGCUGCAGCCAGACCUUCAGCCCCGGAUCUGUCUGCAGCUUUUCUGCUGACUGUAGAACCAAAGGUCUCCAUGCUCACCACCCCAGAGACUGCCUGUACCACCUGAGAGACUGGAGUGUGCCCCGCCUACACCUGCUUCUCCAGUAUUACCGGAUGUCUCCUACCUGGUUUGAACCAGCCAAUGGCAGCUUCUCUGACACCAAUCCGACGGGUGUGUGUUUGGUUCUGGAGCUGAGAGACGAUGGCAGCAGACGGGAGCAGCCUUGUGGACGACCUGCUGCACCUGAACACAGAGGCUACUGCCAGGCUCACUAUAAGGAGCAUCUGGUGGAGCUGAUUAACCAUUACCAUGGUGACCCAGCAGUCCUCUUCAGCCCGGCAGAGAUGAGGGCAGAGCUUCAGCGAUGGAAUGUCGCUGUGCCGACCAGGAAACCAGAUGAAUCCGAGAUGCUUUAUGCACACCGCCUGCACAUGACUCUGACCAAUCGCAUUCCUCUGAGAAAGCAGCGAUGCCCUCCUCUCAAACCCGACAACAGCCUCUGCCCCCUUACCUCAGCUGUGGCUCCUGAGGCUCCGCCUUCUCACAUGCUACUGAGUGAAUGACUGACUCCACCCAUUCCUCACAUGGCAGCCAAUGCGGAGCAGCAACCUGUGUCACCAUUGUAACAUCUAACUUUAAUUUUAAGGGGAACAUUUUGGAGAUAAGUGCACGUCUGACCGGAUGUCACCUCACCAUUCUCAGCCCCAGUGACAUCAUCAGUGAUGCUGAUUAAAAAGACUCCGUGGGUUUCUGUUGACUGGUUGCCAUGGAAGCCCAGCCAGGGAAACGAGCAGAUUUAGUAGAGGAAGGAAGAGACUGAUGGUAACCUAAUGAGAGCUAACAAUGCUAAGUCUUUCCUCAGUAUUGAUCUGUUUCAGUCAGUGUUUGCAUGUCUUGGUAUGUUUCAGUUCUUUCGGCACUUUAACAGGUUUAAUAAAUAUAUUAAAUAAAUUACCCUUUAAAGACCCUC